CUUCUUCUUCUCUCUCUCUCUCUCUCUCUCUCUCUCUCUCUGUCUCUCUUUCUCUCUCUCUCUCACACACACACUACCUUCUCUGUUUAAAGCUUCCGUCAUCACACUGAGUACAAUCACUGACACUAACUCCACUUCCUAACGGUUUCUCACACACAUCAAAAAUUUACACUUUUGCCACUCCGGCGAACAAACAAUGAUCACAUGGCACGACCUCUACACCGUCCUCACGGCGGUGAUACCACUCUACGUAGCUAUGAUCCUCGCUUACGGCUCAGUCCGAUGGUGGAAGAUCUUCUCACCGGAUCAAUGCUCCGGCAUAAACCGUUUCGUCGCCAUCUUCGCCGUUCCUCUCCUCUCUUUCCACUUCAUCUCCUCGAACAACCCUUACGCCAUGAACCUCCGGUUCAUCGCCGCCGACACACUCCAGAAACUAAUCAUGCUCACUCUACUAAUCCUCUGGGCUAACUUCACUCGCUCCGGUAGUCUUGAGUGGAGCAUCACAAUCUUCUCACUCUCCACUCUCCCAAACACUCUCGUUAUGGGAAUACCUCUCUUGAUCGCCAUGUACGGCGAGUACUCCGGCUCGCUCAUGGUUCAGAUCGUUGUACUCCAGUGUAUAAUCUGGUACACGCUUCUUCUCUUUCUCUUCGAAUACAGAGGAGCUAAGAUCUUGAUCAUGGAGCAGUUUCCAGAGACUGGUGCUUCGAUCGUUUCGUUCAAAGUUGAGUCCGAUGUUGUUUCUUUAGACGGACAUGAUUUUCUUGAAACCGAUGCUCAAAUCGGAGACGACGGUAAGCUUCAUGUUACGGUUAGGAAAUCAAACGCUUCACGGAGAUCUUUUUGUGGUGGUACUAAUAUGACUCCACGUCCCUCGAAUCUCACCGGUGCUGAGAUUUAUAGUCUUAACACAACUCCGAGAGGUUCUAACUUCAACCAUUCUGAUUUUUACUCUAUGAUGGGAUUUUCCGGUGGCCGGCUUUCGAAUUUUGGUCCGGCGGAUAGGUACUCUGUUCAGUCCUCUAGAGGACCAACUCCUAGACCUUCGAAUUUUGAGGAGAGCUGUGCUAUGGCUUCAUCGCCAAGAUUCGGGUAUUACCCGGGAGGAGCUCCUGGGUCGUAUCCAGCUCCGAACCCGAAGUUUACUACCGAUACUAAAACCGGUAGUAAAGUUCAGAAAGAUAAUCAUCAUGUUGGAAAAUCCAAUAGUCAUGAUGCUAAGGAGUUACAUAUGUUUGUUUGGGGAUCCAACGGGUCACCCGUUUCGGACCGAGCGGGUCUCCAAGUUGAUAAUGGAGCAACCGAACAAACCGGAAAAUCUGAUCAGGGCGGUGCAAAAGAGAUUCGAAUGAUGAUCUCUGAUCCUCCUCAAAGAGCUGGUCCGAUGAACGGAGACUUUGACGGUGCAGAAGAAUCGGAGAGAGUCAAGGAAGUGCCUACCGGACUACACAAGCUUCGAUGUAACUCAACGGCAGAGCUAAACCCUAAAGAAGUUAUAGAAACAGGUGAAACCGUACCGGUAAAACAUAUGCCGCCAGCUAGUGUGAUGACUCGGCUGAUAUUGAUUAUGGUAUGGAGGAAACUCAUAAGGAACCCAAACACUUACUCUAGCCUCAUUGGUCUCAUCUACGCUCUUGUCGCUUUCAGGUGGGAUGUGGCAAUGCCUAAAAUCAUUCAACAGUCAAUCUCAAUUCUCUCAGAUGCUGGUCUUGGUAUGGCAAUGUUCAGUUUGGGGUUGUUCAUGGCCUUGCAACCCAAAUUGAUCGCUUGUGGAAAUUCCACGGCAACUUUUGCAAUGGCGGUGAGAUUCUUCACAGGACCAGCGGUAAUGGCUGUGGCAGCAAUGGCUAUCGGAUUACGCGGCGACCUAUUGCGUGUGGCCAUUGUUCAAGCAGCAUUGCCUCAAGGGAUUGUGCCGUUCGUGUUUGCAAAGGAGUACAAUGUUCAUCCAGCAAUCUUGAGUACAGGGGUUAUAUUCGGAAUGCUUAUCGCACUACCGAUCACACUUGUCUACUACAUUUUACUCGGGCUAUAAGCUAUGUUAUGGAGACUUUCUGCUUGAACAGAAGAGGAUAAAGAGAAACAACAUAAUUCCAAGUUUAGUGGAACGCAACUAAUCAACUAGAGAAUGUAAUGUAACACAAGAGGAUUAGUAGAAAUUUCUAGGGACCAAGAUUUGAUUUGAUCCAAAAACCCUGUUCUUGUCCAUAUAUAUACAUUCUAGGGAUUAUUUGAGAAAGAAGGGGAUGGAAAAUGAGUAAGACAAGAGGAGCAAAACAAGGGAAAGCGGACAAAACAGAGGACUAAGAUUUGAUUUGAAGAUCCAAAAACGCUUUUCUAUUUUCUUUUCUUUUUGGAUAAGAAAGACACAACCUGUUAUCAUAUAUGUGAUUUUGCAAUAUUUUCUUUUACAUUCGGAGUGUUUAGAAUCAAGUAGAUAUAGUUUUUUCUUUGUUACUGUGUAGGUUAUUUCUUUUGCCAAAAGUGUGUUUUUGUAUAUUUUC